GUUAUAUCCCAGUGUACUUAUACCGCAAAAUUUUGUGUAUAUAUUUGUGCACCGUACGCGAUUCGUUUCCCGAAUAUUUUGUGAUGUUCGAUACAAAAAUAUAGCACAUAAAGAGUACAUAUAAUAGAAGAAUUUAGUGGACGUUUCGAGUACCGGCGAUGAGGCUGGGAUAGAGCAGGAUAUGGCCUCUCACGUACCGAAACCCGGCAGGGUGCCGAAAUGCGCCCGUUGCAGGAACCACGGGAUGAUUUCGACGCUGCGAGGGCACAAGAAGCAGUGCAUUUACAAGAAUUGCUCGUGCCAAAAGUGCGGCUUGAUCAAAGAGAGGCAACGGAUAAUGGCCGCUCAGGUGGCGCUCAAGCGCCAGCAAGCCGCCGAAGACGCCAUCGCCUUGCACCUGGCCUCCAAGGAGAACGGCACCACCUACGAGUACCUUCCGCCGGGCCGGAUAUUCGGCAUGCAGGUCACCUCGCCGGAGGCGGACGCGCCGCCCGUCCAAAAAACCGCCGCCGAACCGCCCCGCCAGCACCACGAAGACAUCGACGUCAGUCCGGCUUCCAUAGACAUGCUGGCGCAGCUGUUUCCCAACAAGAAGAGGGCCGUCCUCGAGCUGGUGCUCAAAAGGUGCAACCACGACCUCCGGAAGGCUAUAGAGCAGGUGAAUGUAGCUCCGGGAGGCGGGCAAUCGUGCGAAGAAGCGCCGCAGGAAUCGGCGUCCGCCUUCAAGCCGGUGAAGGACAGCGCGAAGUCUAAACCAUACGCGGUGCCGCAUUCGGGCGGCUUCUCCUUCGUGCCCACCAACAAAACCUUCAGCUUGUACCCCUUCUGGCCGCUGUUCAACUACCAAUUGCCCCAGCCUAUUCUGCCCAGUCCGGUGCUGGUGCAGGGGAUCUGCGAGUGCGAUCAGUGCGCGACCGCUUCCAGCAGAUUGAACUCGGUGUGAAUUGGAAUUAGACCUGCUUUUACUUGUACCUUGCUCGAUUGUACUGGGUGGCCCGUUUAAAACAGCCCGGCGAUCCUCUAUUAUCAAAUUACUACCCAUUUACUUACAUGCAGUGAUACAGUUUUUGUUUAACAUAUUCCUGAACAUUUCAGGCUUUUCAAACUUCUUUUCAAACUGCUCAACCUGAGCAUUUCAGGUUACUUUUCUACGUGCUUGGACUGUUUUAAAUGGGCCACCCUGUAUACAGCGUGUCCCAAAAAGUUGUAUACAAAUGGGGGAAAAUUUUAUCUUACAUUUCACAAAAAAAUAUUCUUGAUAAAAUUCUCUGCAUGACUUGUAGAUCCACAAUCAGGUAUAAAAUGUUUAAAAAAUUGCCUUGAAUACAGGAAAAACAAAAAAGAAUGAUUUGGACCGAGAGAAAAAUAUGGACAAACUUUAGUGGAGAGCAAAAUGUUCAUUGAAAUUGUGAUUAAGUAGUAAAAAAUUAUGCAUAAUUUUUUCGUUCUU